AUGAACGGCCUGAACGGACAGUUUCCCCAGCCGGGGGCUGCCGUCUGGCAGGAACAUCGCACGCCCGAUGGUCGCGCGUAUUAUUACAAUGCAGCUACCAAGGUGACGCAAUGGACCAAGCCAGAGGAGAUGAUGAGUCCGGCAGAGCGUGCGCUCGCGAACCAGCCGUGGAAAGAAUAUACCGCCGAGGGUGGUAGGAAGUAUUGGUACAACACCGAUACCAAGACGAGCUCAUGGGAGAUGCCGGAUGUCUACAAACGCGCCCUUGGGGCCACAUCCGCCGGCACGCCGACGACGCCUGCCACCCCGAGCGCUUUCCCGACACCUGGCCCAACAGGCGGCCAGAGCUUCGAUCAGUCUCGAGACUCUCGCGACUCUCGCGAGCCAAUCGGUGAAUCGCGACAGCUGACCUUUGGCAACGAUAUGCGAGCCCAACAAUUUGUCCCUGCGAGCAACGACCCGGAAUACGCCACGGCUGAAGAAGCUGAGGCCGCUUUUGUGAAACUUCUGAAACGCAACAAUGUUCAGCCCGACUGGACAUGGGAGCAGACUCUUCGAGCAAUAGUGAAGGACCCUCAGUACCGUGCGAUUAGGGACCCCAGGGACAGGAAGGUCGCCUUCGAGAAGUACUGUCAAGACGUUAUAUCGCAAGACAAGGAGCGAGCUAAAGAAAGACUGACAAAGCUCCGUGCUGACUUUGCUACCAUGCUCAAGAGUCACCCCGAGAUCAAACACUACACCAGGUGGAAGACAGCUCGGCCGAUGAUCGAGGGCGAGACAAUUUUUCGCUCUACCAGCAAUGAGGAAGAACGUCGCCAUCUCUUUGAAGACUACAUCAUUGAGCUUAAGAAGCGGCACAGGGAAGAGCAGACAGCUCUGCGCAAAAGCGCCAUGGACGGGCUGAUCGAUCUCCUCCCUAAGCUGAAUUUGGAACCAUACACUCGAUGGUCCGAGGCCCAAGAAAUCAUCUCCGGCACCCAACCGUUUCAGAGUGACGAGAAGUAUCAAUCCCUGAGCAAGUUCGAUAUCUUGAGCGUUUUCCAGAACCAUAUGAAGGCAGUGGAACGCACUUUCAACGACAACAGACAGGCCCAAAAGUCGAAGAAAUUCCGCAAAGAGCGCCAGAACCGGGAUGCCUUUUUGAGUCUGCUAAGCGAGCUGAAGAACGAUGGCAAAAUCAAGGCGGGUACGAAAUGGAAACAAAUUUUCCCGUUGGUCGAGAACGAUGCAAGUUAUACAGCCAUGAUCGGCCAGAAUGGAUCUACUCCGCAGGAGCUAUUCUGGGAUGUGGUAGAGGAAGAGGAGCGAGGGCUCCGAGGCACUCGCAACGAUGUGAUGGAUGUGCUUCAUGACAAGCGAUUCGAGGUCACCCCCAAGACAGACUUCCAAGAUUUCCUUGCGGUGUUGAAAGAAGACCGUCGUACUGCUAACAUUGAUCGAGACAUACUGAAGUUCAUCUUUGAACGGCUUCAGGAACGCAGAGCGAAGCCGCCGGAGGAGGACCGACACUCCGAACGCCAACAACGCCGAGCCGUCGAUGACCUGCGCUCGUACAUGAAGCGUUUGGACCCCCCAAUCACAUUGAGUGACACUUACGAGAAAGUCAAGUUGCGUCUCCAGAAGACGCCUGAAUUCCAGGCAGUGACUACUGAGGAGGGACACCGCAGCGCGUUUGAUAAGCAUAUGCGGCGUCUACGAGAGAAGGAAGAAGAUCUCGAAAAGGAUAGACGCCGCCGUGAUCGAUCGCGCGAUCGCUAUCGGGAGCGAGAGAGAGAGCGAAGCAGAGACAGAGAGCCAGACCUCUACGAAGCCGACCGCCGCAAGGCCAUUGCCGAGAGGGAGCGUAACUAUCGCAAGUCGAGCAUGGCCGAGACCUUGUUGUCAGAUCACCGGGACCGGGAACGGGAUCGUUACCGCGACGAGGAUCGCCCCCCUCGCUCUCGCCGUGACGACCCGCUUGACCGUUAUGAGCGCGAGCGCCGCGACCGCGAAGAGGAGCGUGAGCGCUCCUAUCGUCGCCGUGUCGUCGAAAAGGAUGUCGAUGACCUGAACUACGACGAGAAGCCAUCAAGUGUGAGGAGGCGCCGUGCCGACGACGACGAUGAGCGUCGUCCAGACUCCAGGGACUCCAAGAGACUGAAGAGAGACAUUUCACCUCGUGAGCGUACCCCCCGUCGUGAUGGUCGUCUGAAGACUAGGUCUCCGCAACCGCCCGCGAUACCCAAGGAAGAGCCUGCGGGCGUGCAUUCCGGCAGCGAAGAAGGCGAGAUCGAGGAGGACUAA